UGUGCCAGUGGCUGAGUCACAACAAAAUGGCAUGCUGCUUGGCAGAUUUUACAGGUGCUUGCUGCAGUGAUGGGCUUUGCAAUAUGCCAGCAUCUUAACUUACUGCUACAGUACUAGUGACCUCCGCUUGGGAUGCCUUCAUCCCUGUGUACACAACCCAUUAUUUUCAACCCUCAAUUAAGUUACUAUAGGCAUGAAAAAAAAAUGGAAGGGGAGAAGAGGGACACAUAGUUGGUCGUGUCUAUAAUCUUACAGCUAUAUCUGUAACUCCAACCACAAAUGUUUAUUUUACAUGAUUGUCAGGCAGAGAAAGAUACUACCAACACUUCAUACCCUGGUUUUGAGCAGUCUCAGUAUCUAUUUAAAUUAGCAAGCAAUCAGCACCAACAGCAACUAACAUCACAUACACAGUACUACAGUUGAACAUUCUCUAGUCGUUCCUUUCUCCUACAGAAAUCUCUACUGCACGGGGCUUGUUUUGACAAGUUAUCUCUUUUUUAUUCAAGAAUUCUAAGUACUUUUCACUCAGAUUUUAAGUUUCAGUUAGUCACUAUAUUCUCAAGUUGUAGGUACUGCUAACAUAAAAUAACAAACAGCAUAACAAUCAAAAAUGUAUUUCCUCUUUCUUAUCCAUUAUGACUUUUUUUCCUGAUUUCACCAGGGAAAUGAACAGAAAACUUUUCACUAUCAGUUAUGCAUUAAUGCAAAAUGAUAUUUCUUGAAGUGGAAUAGAUUUAAAGACCAACAGAAGUCUGAAUUUAGCCAUAACCAUUUGCAUGUUACAAUGAGAACCUAAACUGCCUGAUAUUAAAGGCAUUAUUCAAAACCUAAACCAAUGCUCAGGCACACUGAAACUGUAAAGCACGCAUUUCUUGUCGAUUCCCAUUCCUUUUCAAUUCACAUUCCCCCACUCUAGUCACAGGCAAAGUAAUUUAUAUUUACAUAUGUGAUCACAGCAGGAGUGCUACCAAAACAUUGGUCCCCAGAGCAAAAUAUUAUAUAUGAGACCAUCCAUAGAAUAACAACUGGAUAUUUGUUCUGUGCAAGAUUGGGAACAAUCCCAUAGAAGUCACAUAAGAUGUCCUUCCUCACUGGUUUGUUCUCUCAUGGACAGUAACUAUAUCUUUAACAUUACAGACAUAGCAUAGAUACAAAUAUAGUAAAAAAAUUGGUUUUGAAAUAAUGAAAAAGUGUGCCUUUCCAUUUCUAGCAAGAGGGUGAAAGAAGAUGUACAGUUCCUGAUGAGUGUUGAGGUCAUAUUAAUAUUAUUAUUUAUAUAUUGAUACACAAUUAGUGGGGAAAAAAAAAAUCAGUUAAUAAAAUCUCCCAAACCAAGCUGGUGUCAGGCUAGGUUAAUGAGGUUUUCACCAAACCUGAGCUAAGUUUCAGGAGCUAAGGAUGAUUUUAGCAUUUUAGGUAUUAACAUAGUUUGGACCAAAAGAGAGAACAGCAGCUGUCCUGGUGGAGCUUUGCAUUUUAAUUUCCAGGGUUUGUUCUAACCCCUGUAAACUCAAAACAAAACUCAGUUGGUAUGAACUGAAACAGGAGGUUUGAGUGAAAAAAAACUGCGAGUGGAAACCACUGAGCGUGAGAAUCAAAACCAGUGUCUGAGCCUGCACUGCACACAUGCCUGGCAAGCCUGAUGCAAAUGUUUUUCUUGCAUAUAAUUGUAAAUUUUUCACUGAAACCAAAGGUUUGGGACCCAGGGUAAAAAGGGAAUUAAUCUGAAAUGCCAUAUCCUAAGGAGCAAAUAAAGAUGGUAAACUUCUGGAUCUAUUUAUGCAAGAGCAGGAAAAUUGCCUUUGCAUAUUUAGUUUUCAAGAGAUGAAGGAGGGAAAAGGAGAACUGUGACCACAGGGGAGAGAUUCGAGAGAAAUGCAAGUUGUGUGGUUCAGGCAGCUUCAGCAAGUGCUGAAAGAUUUCAGAAGGUGAACAGAUUCCUUCCUCGUUAAUGAAGGGGCCCUGACUCUAGAUCUGCCGAACGCACUAAGACUGAAAGGCUAUUCAGCUCUCUCCUUUGACUGAAAGCAUGAGCCUGUUACUUACUAGCUCUUGGUAGCUUUCCUUUUAAUAGCAAGUUGGGGGAAGGGAAAAGAUGGUUGGAGGAGGGGAAAGAAAAGAUGGGUAGCAAAAAAUGCUAGUAGCUGAACAUGGGAAUUUCAAGGCAUUUACAGGACAGGCCUUUGGGGAAAGGUUGAAAGCUUACAAGGAAACUAUGCCCCAGACGCCAAUAUUUUCCAGCAUGCUUGGUUCCAGUUGUAGUGGACAAGUGCAGCCAGAUAUGGGAGAGAGGUGUGUGGACCCUGUUUAUCAGGAUGGGAACCUUGUUUCUGGGUCACUGGAGGCCUUGAUAGAGCGCCUGGUGCCCACCAUGGACUAUUAUCCAGAUAGGACUUACAUCUUCACUUUCCUACUGAGCUCACGAGUCUUCAUUCACCCACAUGAGCUCCUGGCUAAAGUGGGGCAGAUCUGCAUCAAACAGAAGCAGCAGCUAGAAACGGGGACUGAGGCAGAAAAGGCAAAGCUAAAAUCCUUUGCUGCCAAAAUCAUUCAGCUCCUGAAGGAAUGGACUGAAACUUUCCCCUAUGAUUUCCAAGAUGAAAAGUCCAUGAAAGAGUUGAAGGAGAUUGCUCACAGAAUCACACAAUGUGAUGAGGAAAAUGGAACAGUGAAAAAGAUCAUUAGCCAGAUGACACAGAAUCUCCUGAUGGCCCUCUCCACACGGAGCCAGUACCAGGAAAUUAGAGAGAAAUUCCGGCAACCUGUUACCGACAAAGGCACCAUCCUCAAAACCAAGCCACAGUCAACUCAAAAGGACAUUCUGAGCGUGUGCUGUGACCCUCUGAUCUUGGCGCAGCAGCUGACCUAUAUCGAACUGGAAAGGGUGAGCAACAUUUACCCAGAGGAUCUGAUGCAGAUUGUCAGCCACAUGGACUCCCUGGAUAACCACAAGUGCCGAGGUGACGUGACCAAAACCUAUAAUUUAGAGGCGUACGACAAUUGGUUCAAUUGUCUCAGCAUGCUGGUGGCUACAGAGAUUUGCCGGGUUGUAAAGAAAAAGCAGCGUACAAGAAUGGUGGAAUUUUUCAUUGAUGUGGCAAGAGAAUGCUUCAAUAUUGGAAACUUCAACUCCAUGAUGGCUAUUAUCUCUGGCAUGAACUUGAGCCCCGUGGCACGGCUAAAGAAAACUUGGUCCAAGGUCAAAACAGCCAAAUUUGAUGUUUUAGAGCAUCACAUGGAUCCAUCCAGCAACUUUUGUAACUACCGCACAGCCCUGCAAGGAGCAGCACAGCGAUCCCAGACUGCCAACAGCAAUCGAGAGAAAAUAGUUAUCCCAGUGUUCAACCUGUUUAUUAAAGAUAUCUAUUUUCUGCACAAAAUACAUACGAACCGCUUGCCCAAUGGGCAGAUCAACUUCAAGAAAUUCUGGGAAAUUUCAAGACAGAUUCAUGAUUUCCUGACAUGGAAGCAGGUUGAGUGUCCUUUUGAAAAAGACAAGAAGAUCCAGAGCUAUCUACUUACAGCACCCAUUUAUAGUGAAGAAGCUCUGUUCAUUGCAUCCUUUGAAAGUGAAGGUCCAGAAAACCACAUGGAAAAAGACAGCUGGAAAACACUCAGGACAACUCUGCUUAAUAGAGCCUGAGAUUUUUGGAACUGAUCUGCAGACUUUGAAGCACAUUGAGUGAACAUGUUUUUACAACCUGAAAGACUUGGACUGAGCUAAGACCUCACUGGCUGAGGUCUGUUUUGUAUAUACAGUAACUUUUAUGAAAUACAAUGUGGUAAAUAUUUCACAUGUCAACCAUAAGGCACUUAAGUGAAGGGUUUGGGUUUUUUUUAUUUUAAAUAAAAGGGCAGGGCCCUGUUCUCAGAGAUGAAAUGUAUCAUGGGAGAUGGUAUCCCUGGGGAGAUCUUAUUCUAUCAGCAUCCAAAUUUUUAUUGUUUUGUUACUUCCACCAAAACAAAUAUAAAUUAAAACACACAUCCCAGCUAAAGCCAGUGUUCAGGUUAAAUACUCCAUUAGACCAGUAUCCUACAAAACACUUAACGUGUCUUUCUAGCUUUGAAAUGAAGAAUCUCCUUCAAAUCAGAGAUACCUUUUACAUGUGUUAGGAAUGGUUUGUAGAGUCAAGGCCUUAGACAUCUGCAGUAAGCGUGUUCCUCUCCUACAUCAGAAAUAGUGCCUUACAAGGUACUGAUAUCAUUUAGUGUACCUUCUAUUAUGCUGGACUGGAAGUAAAGAAAAUAAAAAUAUGGAUGUCUCAAAACCAGGUACAAUGUACUUUUUAAACAAAACGGAGAAUAUGGCACAUGAAGUAGAGUAUACCUGCCUGUAACAUUGAUGGUGCAGCAAACAUAUUUUUGUUACAUGAUUUAAAGAGAUAAGAUGGGGUAACUGCUGGGGGAUGUGUGUUUGUGUGAGUAUGUGUGCGUGCAUGUGUGAAGUUGCACACAUGUCUAAGUUUUAAUACUUCUGGGAACAAUCCUUUAAAUUCUGACUGUCAGAAUAGUUUGUGUUUUCCUUUAUAAAUAUCAGGGAUUUUUUGUUUUGUUUUGUUUUAAGAGAAGGACGUCUAACCUAGAUUAUCUCUGUAAAACAGGCUCAAUAUGGUUUUUUUGGAAACAGUUUUUGGAAAAUAAAAAUCAUACAUGAGCUAGAGAGAGAGAAGUAAAUUCAGAUGAUUAAUUUGAAGGCUAAAAUUCCCAAAGAAGUUUAAGAAAGGUUCAUCACCACUGAACUGGGCAUUUAAUUCCCUUGUUUCCUUUGAAAAUGGUAGUCUGCACUUACAGACAAUUAGAACAAAGACCAAUUUAUAAUAUAAGCUUUUUCUAGUAUUUUGUAAGCCACGAUUAUCUAUCUGGGACAGAACCCAUCGACACAUCAGGAAAAACACCAUAAAAAAAAUGGUCAAACCUUUGACCCCAGGUCAGUACCAAAAUUAGAGAUGAUUUGUAAAGCCACUAGUACUUACCAUUUCUAAUUUCUCCUUUUACCCUGGAGUUUACACCCAAUUUGGCUAUCCACAUGAGCACCUGAGGAGUUUAUUUUAAGAUUCAAGGUAUUAAUUUCCAGGAAAAAAAUCUGCAGUUCAAGACUUUCUCACCUGAUCUCUGAAUUGAGGAAGAAAACAGAUAGGCUCAGAUUAAAAACUAUUUGGUUUAAUGAACAGAUUAUUACUCAUGAGUACCGACUGUCCUUUCAAGUAAUUGUUCUCUGAAGGCUUGAGGGCUGCAUAUGUGUAAGGAUAAUGACUUGAGAUAGACAAUUAGAUCAUUUAUUUUUUAAAAGGACCCACUCCCAGUGGUUCACAGUGUUGGCAGCCUCCCUCAGAGAGCUUGUGGAAGCCCGCUGCACAAGCUUCUUUAAAAAUUAUCAACUCUAACUAGAUGGGUUUUAUCUUAUUCUGCCUUCUGCUGAAGAAGGGGCAAGACUUGCUUGACCAAGGGUUUGGCUUAUUCCAGUCCAGUAGACAAUUCUUGCUGAGUGCCUACAACAAAGAGCUGUGCCACUGCUUCAUACAGCAUCUGCAAUCACUGAGUAGAAAUUAUUUGCUGUAUUGGCCCUGUAUUACGGUGAAAAAUUAAAGACCCUUCCCUUUCUCCCUCUUCCACUCCCCCCUUGACAAUUACUUAAAAUUAGAAGAGUAAGCUGGGGUAAGGAAGGGAGAGAAAUCAAGGUUUUGCUAUUCCCAUAGUAUUGACAUCAAAGAGAAACAAAAGCGAGUUAUGCCAUCAAUAAGGAAGUAGAAUACUGAUAACAACAACAGCCCAGAAAAGCGGAAAGGAUAAUUCUUAUGAUCUGCUGCUAUUUUUCCUGUGCUGAAGGACUGACCUCCAGCCCUGGAUUAGAGUAAGAAUAUUUAUACUGUAUUAUUACAGUGUUUUGCACUUUCAGAGAUGUUCUAGCUAGUAACGUUGUCGGACACUAUAAGAGGGAUUGUGUAUCAGCUUUGUUUAUGUAAUUGAAAUUUCAAAGGGAUGCUUAAAAUUUAAGAAAAAAAUAUAUAUUUGAAAUGCAAUUUUAAAACACUUUCUGUAAAUGUAUUAAAAAAAAGCUUUCACAUGAAUGUGCACUUCACUGGUCAAUCAGUCCUAGUAUAUUACUUGAAAUCAAUGCAGUAUCCACAUUGGUUCCUUUUUAUUUUUCCUCCCUCAGUUUGAUACGUUCCUUAAAUACUGUGUUUUGCUAUUCUGAGCUGAAAUGCUAACUAUAAAGCUGUACCAUAAAGCAGGAUAUUCUGUGUUUGACUGGAUGUGCUUGCAUUAAUAAAAGAAAAAUUUGCUUCAA